AUGGCUCCGCAGCGGCGGGCGCUGCCCCGCGGCCCCGACAGCGCCGGACCGGGGCCGGGGCCGGGCCGCGGGGGCCGCCGGCACAGCAGCGCCAGGAAGGGCAGAUUGCAGCAGGAUCCCCGGCCAAGGUGGCUGAAGGCAGCGAUCCUCCUCCUCCUCCUCUCCGCCGUGGCCGGCGGCGGCCUCGUGCUCUGGAGCCGCCUCAGCACCCAGGAUGGGAUCCCGGAUGAGAUCCCCGGGGAUGGAAUCCCCGCAGAGGGGGUCCCCGAGGGUGGAAUCCCCGCAGAUGAGGUCACCGAGGUGCUGGCCCAUCGCAGUGACACCCUGCAGGACAAGUUCGUGGAGGUGCCCUGCUCGGAGGACUACGAGAGCCACAAGCGCUUUGCAGGUUGCACUCCUAGGAAGUGUGGAAGAGGUGUGACAGAUGCUGUAAUCACAAGGGAAGAAGCUGAAAGAAUUCGUAGAAUAGCAGAGAGGGGACUGUCCUUGGGAGGAUCUGAUGGAGGGGCAUCAAUUUUGGACUUGCACUCUGGAGCUCUUUCCCUGGGGAAGCAUUUUGUUAAUCUGUACAGGUACUUUGGGGACAAAAUUCAAGACAUCUUCACAGAAGAGGAUUUUGCCUUAUACAGGGAUGUGAGGCAGAGGAUUCAGCAGAGGAUUGCUCAGGUGUUUGGGAUCAGCUCUUCUGCCAUGUACCUGACCAAGCCAACCUUCUUCUCCAGGAUGAACAGCACAGGAGCCAAGACAACACAUGAUGAGUACUGGCACCCACACGUGGACAAGGUGACUUACGGCUCUUUUGACUACACUUCUCUGCUCUAUCUCUCUGACUACUCCAAGGACUUUGGGGGUGGACGCUUCGUGUUCAUGGAUGCAGAUUCCAACAAGACCGUGGAGCCCCGAGCAGGCCGGGUGUCGUUUUUCACCUCGGGCUCCGAGAACCUGCACCGGGUGGAGAGGGUGAGCUGGGGCACUCGCUUUGCCAUCACCAUCUCCUUCAGCUGCGACCCCCAGCACGGCAUCGGGGACCCCGGGGCCACGGGGCAGCCCUGAGGGACAGCAGCCUGCGAGGCUCUUGGAACCUCAGCUGCAAUCAGAACUGCCCAGCUGUGGGAACAGCUGGCACACGCUUGGAUUUCACUGCUCCUUUUCCAGGAAUAUUGCAAAUGGUGGCUCAAGGACCAUCCUAAGUGUGAUGCACUCUGAAAAUUGGAUUGACUUCAUGUGCCUUGGGGACAGACUGCAAAGAAGAGAGGAUGGGCUCCACAAAAAAGAGGGAAUGGGCUCCACAAAGAAGCAAGAAUGGGCUCCACAAAGAAGCAAGAAUGGGCUCCACAAAAAAGAGAGAAUGGGCUCCACAAAAAAGAGGGAAUGGGUUCCACAAAAAAGAGGGAAUGGGCUCCACAAAAAAGAGGGAAUGGUCUCCACAAAAAAGAGGGAAUGGGUUCCACAAAAAAGAGGGAAUGGGCUCCACAAAAAAGAGGGAAUGGGCUCCACAAAGAAGCAAGAAUGGGCUCCACAAAAAAGAGGGAAUGGGCUCCACAAAGAAGCAAGAAUGGGCUCCACAAAAAAGAGGGAAUGGGCUCCACAAAAAAGAGGGAAUGGGCUCCAUAAAAAAGAGGGAAUGGGCUCCACAAAGAAAAGAGGAUGGUCUCCACAAAAAAGAGGGAAUGGGCUCCACAAAGAAAAGAGGAUGGUCUCCACAAAAAAGAGGGAAUGGGCUCCACAAAGAAGCAAGAAUGGUCUCCACAAAAAAGAGGGAAUGGGCUCCACAAAAAAGAGAGGAUGGGCUCCACAAAGAAGAGAAAGUGGGCUCUUCAUUUUAAAAAUAUUUUUAAAAAAUUCUUCAGUUUGAAACAUAGAAACAAUCUUUUGGGCCAUGCCUUGAUGUGACUCCCCAGGCUGCUGUUACCUGUUCACUUCUUCAGUCUCUUCAUUACUAAGGUGGAUAGAAAGUCUGACCUCAGUGAAUUGAGCCUCAGUUAAUUGAGACCUGAGUUAAUUGAAUGUUCCUGUCUAGAACACACCUUCUGUUGAGAGGGAUGGAUUCUCUGAGUGUGGGAUCAGUGGGGAAUACCCUGGGCCUUGAACUUUUUUUAAAAUUUAAUUACUACCGAUUCAAUAUUCAGGAAGUCUCUCAGUAGCUAUUUUUUGAUUUCUCUUUUCCAGUUUAGUAUGAAGACUUUUUUUGUUAAUGAGAAUCCUGAAUAUUAAAAUGCAGGUUACUCCAAGAGGAGCUGUGUGCAAACACAUGCAAAUCCUGCCAAAUACUUUAAGGUUUUUACUGCAGUCAAAGAUUUCUGUGGGUCAGGAGGUUGAUAAAUAAACGGUAGAAAAACCUAAUUCUUUUUUUCUCAAUCAAAUUCUGAAAUAACCACAUUGAUCUGGUUUAUUACCUGGGUGUAUAAUUUCUGGGUGUAUAAUUUCUGGAUGUAUAAUUUCUGUGAAACACUGAAAAUCUGGGAAUGUGCUUUGUUUUUUUUUCUAUUUUAAUUUUAUGCAUACGGUUUAGACUUUAUAAUGUAACCUUUUGUGGAAAUAAUAAGUACUGGGGGGAAUUACAGUGAAGAUCAAUAUAAAGAGGAAUAAGAGGACACUUGGACUUGUGAGGGCUCUCACUGGGCACACCAGCAAGAUUAGUCCUCUGUAAUUUCAUUUCUUUGUUCUGAAACCUGAAAAAGUCUUCCUUGUCUGUACUAACCAGGGAGAAUUGUUAAAUUGGCUGGAUGCAAGGAAAUAUUAAAGUCACUUGGGUUUCAUAUUGAAA